UAUGAUGCGGAAUUGAAGAGAAUGUGCAAACGUGAACUGAGCUAUGUUCCGGCACUGAUUAAGAUAUUUGAUGAGGUUCUAGUAAAUGCAGCCGAUAAUAAACAACGCGAUCCGACUAUGACCUCGAUUCGAGUGAAUAUCGAUAAAGAUCGUAAUGAAGUGUCGGUUUGGAAUGAUGGUGAAGGUAUUCCGGUGGAGAUACACUCAGAGGAGGGUGUUUACAUACCAUCGCUUAUAUUUGGUACCUUGCUAACGUCAUCGAAUUAUGACGACUCUGAAAUUAAAAUUAUUGGUGGACGCAAUGGUUUUGGUGCGAAGUUGUGUAAUAUAUUCAGUAAGAAAUUUACGGUUGAAACUCGCUCAGCAGCCACGGGAAAUCACUUCGAACAGACAUGGCGCAACAAUAUGAGUGAAUGUGAUACGGCAAUAGUAAAGUCGAUAGUCGAAGACGGUGGAACGGAUUUUACGAAAGUAACGUUCGAGCCUGAUUUGAAGCGAUUUUCACUGUCAGCGUUAAACGACGCAACGAUCCAAUUGAUGCAACGACGUGUGGUGGAUGUGGCUGGCACAUUGAAAGGCGUUGAGGUGUUCCUGAAUGGACACAAAAUCGAUGUUGGAUUUUGGAAUUAUCCAUUCGUUUUUGACGGAUUCGAGCAGUUUUUUUCACCUGGUGGAAGACAUGUGGACUAUGUUUGUGAUCAACUCAUCGCUCGAAUCAAACAAGAAUUAGAGACGAGAUUCGAGAAUGGCAGAAAAUCCGUACGACCAUUACAGAUCAAAAAUCGUUUAUGUGUGUUUUUGAAUUCAUUCAUCGAAAAUCCUACGUUUGAUUCACAAACAAAGGAAUAUUUGGCAUCAGCGCCGAAGACGUUCGGAUCGAAAUGUCAACUUUCGGAAGCAUUCUUCCGCGAACUAUUCACCAGAACGGAUAUUAUUGAGUGCGUAAUAGGCGACUUGAAUAAACGUCGCGAACUGAGCGAUUUGCCUAAAUUAGAAGAUGCUGGCAAUGCUGGAACUGUGCGAUCCUCAGAGUGUACACUGAUUUUGACAGAGGGCGAUUCAGCGAAAGCUUUAGCAGUGGCAGGGUUGGCCGUAGUGGGACGAAAGAACUUUGGAGUGUUCCCAUUGCGUGGAAAACUGACAAAUGUUCGAGGAUUAAAUGAAAAAAUGUCGUUACAAAAUGCCGAAGUGUCUGCAUUGGUUCGUAUAUUGGGAUUGCGAUUUGGCGAAGACUAUAGCAGUGACGAGAAACGGAAAGAAUUACGCUAUGGGCAUUUGAUGAUUAUGACGGAUCAGGAUGAAGAUGGUGCACAUAUUCGUGGCCUAAUCAUAAAUUUUCUCCAUUCAUUUUGGCCGUCUCUAAUUCGCACAGAUUUCAUUCAUUACUUUAUGACACCAUUAUUGAAGGCACGCCGCGGCGCAGAAGUGAUACCAUUCUUUAGCAGUGCAGAAUUUGAACGAUGGAAACAAGCAAAUCCUUUGAAUGCGAAAAAAUAUUCAGUGAAAUAUUAUAAAGGCUUGGGAACGUCUAGUGCCGAAGAGGCACGAGAAUAUUUCACAGAGAUGCGCAAGCAUCGGAUUGAAUAUGAGUACGGUGGUCAGGAGGAUGAUGAAAAUAUUGAAAUGGCAUUUGAUAAAAAUCGCGCGGAUGACAGAAAAGCGUGGAUAAUUGCGGAAGCAUCCGUCGGCGUGAAUGGAUUACGUUCUGUUCCGAGUGCAAUUGAUGGGCUGAAACCAAGUCAGCGUAAAGUCUUGCACACUUUAAUGCAACGUUUUGAGAAGAGUGAAAUUAAAGUGGUGCAACUGGCUGGUGCUAUUGCACACUAUUGUGCAUAUCAUCAUGGAGAGCAGUCUUUGGUCAAUACAAUCGUGCGAUUGGCACAAGAUUUUGUGGGCGCAAAUAAUCUGAACUUAUUGCUACCAAUUGGACAGUUUGGUACACGUUCAACGGGUGGUGAGGAUUGCGCGAGUGCGAGAUAUAUUUACACGGCACUGAAGUUGGCAUUUAGUACAGUAUUUUCGUUGAAAAUUGCGAGUUCAUUAGCACAUUCCGAGAUAUCUGAUGAAUUCUGA